CCAGUGCUCUGCACACAGUAAGCGCUCAAUCAACACGACCGACUGAUCGAUUGAUUGACUGAUUGAUUGACGGGGUCCCCCGUCCCCGCAGCCCCCGCGCGAGUGUCCCCUAUGCCCAACAUGAGCUGGAGUUUCCUGACGCGGCUCCUGGAGGAGAUCCACCAGCACUCCACCUUCGUGGGCAAGGCCUGGCUGACGGUGCUGGUGGUGUUCCGCAUCGUGCUGACGGCCGUGGGGGGCGAGUCCAUCUACGCGGACGAGCAGAGCAAGUUCACCUGCAACACCAAACAGCCCGGCUGCGACAACGUCUGCUACGACGCCUUCGCGCCCCUGUCGCACGUGCGCUUCUGGGUCUUCCAGAUCGUGCUCAUCUCCGCGCCGGCCGUCGUCUACCUGGGCUACGCCGUCCACCGGCUGGCCCGGGCCGCCGACCCCCGGCCGAGGGGCCGCCGCCGGGGGUCGAAGCGGCGCCGGGCCGGGCCCGCGGGGCGCGAGGACGACCGCGGCGGCGGGGGGGACGACGACGAGGGCGCGGGCGGCGAUGGGGCAGGGGCCAAGGGCGGCCCGGCGCAGCGGGGCCGGCGCCGCAUCCUGCGCGAGGGCCUGAUGCGCGUUUACGUGGGGCAGCUGGUGGCCCGCGCCGGGCUGGAGGUGGGCUUCCUGGUGGGCCAGUACCUGCUGUACGGGCUGGAGGUGCGGCCCUACUUCCGCUGCAGCCGGGCCCCCUGUCCCCACGUGGUCGACUGCUUUGUGUCCCGCCCCACCGAGAAGACCGUCUUCCUGCUGGUCAUGUACGUGGUCAGCUGCCUCUGCCUCCUGCUCAACCUGGGCGAGAUGGCCCACCUGGGCUGCGGCGCCCUGCGCGACGCCGUGCGCCUGCGCCGGACCCCCGGGCCCCCCGGGUCCCCCGGCCCGCCGCCCCCCGAGUACAACCUGGUGGUGCGGGCCCAGAAGCCUCCGCGGGCCGCAGCCGCCGCCGGGCCCGGCCUGCCCGACGACCACCCGCCCCCGGGCCCCGGGGCCGCCCAGCCCGCCGAGCGGGCGGCCCCCGGAGACGCCGGGAAGCCCAGGGGCGGCUCCGAGCCCGGCAGCUCCGGCAGCAGAGACGGGAAGACGUCGGUGUGGAUCUGACCGCCUCGUCGCCCCCCGGCCCGCAUCCCCCCGAACCCGGGGCCCGGGGGUGGGGGGCGCUGCUUAGGGUGAC